AUGAUCUCAGCCUCAAUCAAGUCCAACAACAGUUCGGUUGUUCCUAGUGUCUUCUAUGACCCAUGUCGACAUCGAGUCUUCAACUCUUCCUUCAAACCUACUCUUCCAACAGGGUCGUGGGACAGCAAUAUCCACAUCAUCGACCCGGACAAAUAUCCGCUUCCACAAAAUGUCAAGCCUCCUCAAGAAGCGACAAUGCGUCAAGCACUCACCAACGCUGAACAGCUUGGAUUGCCGAACAUGAUGUUUGUCCAGUUGUCCACGUACGGCAACGACAACACUUGGGUGCUGGAUUCUCUAAUACAAGUCGGGCCUGCUAGAGGUCGUGGUGUCGUUGCAUUCGACCCGGGACGUGUCGAUUCUCAGACUCUUCAACAGUGGCAUGAUCUUGGUGUUCGGGGCGUUCGAGUCAACCUCAGGUCUUCUGGCACUGUCUUAUCGAAAACCGAAAUCCAGACAGUAAUGCGCAAGUACGCCGAAAAACUGAGGCCGAUGAAGACGUGGUCGAUCGGAUUGUACGCUGACAUGGAGGUUCUUGAUCACAUCCAACCAUUGGUAUCCGAACUCCAGGUGAAGCUCGUGCUCGAGCACUUUGCUUCCCCAGCCAUCCUGCCAUUAAACCCAGCCAAGCAGCCAGGCUGGGGUGCACUGAAUCUCAUGAUGGAAGAUCCUCGCGUAUUCGUCAAAAUCUCAGCACCGUAUCUGUUCUCCAAUGAUCCGGAGUUCACCAACUUGGAGUCGCUGGCAACGUCGCUUUUUAGCAUGCGAAACGGGGACGGGGUUGUGUUUGGUUCGGACUGGCCGCAUACGAAAUCGCGAGGGUGGAAUGCGAAGCCUUUUCUAGACAAAGUUGUGGAAUGGUGCAACUGGAACGAAGAGCUACAGGAGAAGCUCUUCCGAGGCAAUGCUAGAAACCUAUGGGAUGCUUAA